AUGUGCUAUUGCAGUCAUGAGUCAUGGUCCCUGGCACGAUGCGCAGAGGCGGCGAUCCAAGCAGGACGAUACGACAAGUGGGCUACGCGAUCUGCCAUCGAAGCAGACAUUACCUCCGCACCUGUAGUGAUCUACACCUACGAGUGGUCUCCUUUCGCGGCGGAGGCUAAGAAGUUGUUGGACUCCGUCGGUGCCGACUACACGGAGAUCUCCCUCGGCUACGAGUGGUUCCUGGCCACCCCCGAGCAAGCUGCGAAGCGAGCCGAGCUUGGUACUCUUUAUGGGCGAACCAGCAUGCCUCAUGUAUUCAUCGGCGGCAAGAGCGUCGGAGGCCUCAUGGAUGGAGACCCAGGCCUUGUUCCGUUGAAAGAGACGGGUGAACUCGUGCCGAGCUUGAAGCAGGCCGGGGCUCUCCCCGACGAGGGUCUCUUUGGCUUCUUUCUGUAUUCAGGUGAUCAUCAACCGUGA